AUGGCGGGCAAUUUGCAAAAUUUUCCCCCGCUUCCUGGCAGUGCCUCUUUGUUAGGAGUUGCACCUUCCCCCGCUCCCCCAGCUCUUUCUUAUGCUAGCAAUCUCACAGCUCCUCUUGCUAAUCGCGAGGAGUGGCCGAUGUCCUUCGUCAACCCGACCAAAAAACUCUCCUUUGCUGCUUCUGAGCUUACCGAAGGUAAAGAUUUGUGGGAUCUUUGCCUUGUGGGCUACUCUUUGGUUCAAAGACCGUAUUACGAAAGACUUCUUAUGGCGAUGAACAAGGCGUGGAAGCUUAAAGGCUCGUUCUCGCUGCUCUCCCUUGCUGAUGAUUUUUUUCUCCUGAAGUUCACUUCCAGUGAAGAUUUUGAUAUGAUCUGGUCGGGAGGACCUUGGUUUCUCCUUGGCAAACCUUUCUUCCUUCAGAAGUGGAAUCUGAAGUUCCAACCAAAGCGAGACGAAGCUGCCUCUAUCCCUCUGUGGAUUAAGAUUCCCAACCUCCCCCUUGCUCUCUGGACACCUUCAGAUGACAAAAACUCGGUUUUGCCAGACGAUAUUCUUUUGGAAAUUGAUGGUGAUGAUUUGGUUCUCAAAGUUGUCUAUGAUUGGAAACCGUCGAAAUGUGAUGGCUGCGGUUCUAUAAUCCAUCCUUAUGCUCUGUGUCCAUCUAACCCUUCACCCAAGCCUUCUCUUCCUCCAAAACCUACUUUUAGGGACAGGAGCACGAGUCGGGCUCCUACUGCUAGAGGUAAAAGAUCCACUUCUCGGCCCAAGGUUAAUUUUCUGGUUAACCCUCCUCUAAACAUUAAUUCUGCUUCUACAUCCCAAACCCUGCCCACGACACUUCCUCCUUCUCAACCAGCCACAGAUCAGCCACCUACCUCUACUGAAAUUGCCAAUGAACCUCUUAUUACUCCUCCUGACAAUACCACAUCUCUCCCUAAUCUGAAUUUACCGCAUGAAGAAUCUUCCUCUUCGGGUCAAUCCCUUCCACUUCUUCUUCUUCGUCCCUCGCAAGUGGUUUUAGCUAAUAGCUUCGCCUCUCUUCCAGUUGAAAAUUUGGACAAUUCGGAAGAGGCUAAAGAAGAUGAAGUUCAUUCUUCCUCUGCUUUUUCCGAGGAAGUUCUUCCUCCCUCCUCUUCCUCCAAAGCUUCUCAGCCCAACUCCAAAACUCCUUCCAACUCUGUUUCCUCCCCUGACAAAAAAGCCAAGCCAAAAACGGCCAAAAAGGCCAAAAAACCCAAAUAA